AUGAAAAUAUUCGUAGCUGUGAUCGCUGUUUUAGCCAUUGUGGCACCAACCUGCGGCGUAACCAUAGAUCGUUGUACGCUGGUGAAGCGAAUGUACGCCAUGGGUGUACCCAAAUCAGAGCUGCCCAAAUGGGCUUGUAUUGCGGACCGUGAAUCUAAUUAUCGCCUGCACGUUGUUGGACCUAAGAAUCGUGACGGGACCCGGGAUUAUGGUGUGUUCCAGAUAAACAACCGUUGGUGGUGCAAGGAUGCCAGCGGCCGUAAAACGGCCAAUGGUUGUAAAAUUGCCUGCAACGAUUUGUUGGACAAUUUGGAUAAUUCGAUUAAAUGUGCUCUCACCGUGAAGAAGGAACAGGGCUGGAAGGCAUGGUCCACCCUGAAGUUCUGUGAGGGUAAAUUGCCAAGUGUGAAUUCGUGCUUUUAA